UGUUUGUAUAAAAGCAUGGCUGGUACAUUGCGAUUAUGUCAUCCUCAGCCUCGUCUCCCACCAGGCUGAACAAACGCUUUCUCUCCGGCUUCUGAUAACGCAACGCCAGCACUCCAGGAAUCCGCCAUCAGAGUAAAGAGCACUGUGUGACUCAGCUGCUAUGAUCCCGUCUUCCGCAUCAUGAGCUCCCGCUUUGCACGGCUCCCGGGCCGCUUCUUCAGCCAGUUCUAUGGCCAUCCCGCUCGCCUCCUCGGCACCACCAUAAAGACCUUCUUCCUCGCGCACGUCAUAUGGGAUUACGGCUACGAAGCGGCGGCGACAGCGGGUAGCUCCAUGCUGCCGACCUUCGAGACGAUAGGUGACUGGGUGAUAUCGUCGAAGUCGUACCGGCGGGGCCGCAGCGUGGUGGUCGGGGACCUGGUCACGUUCCGCUCGGUCUAUGAGCCGGGGACGAAAGUUAUCAAGAGGGUGAUCGGGUUGGAGGGUGAUUAUGUCUUGGCAUAUACGCCGGAGAGUGGGAACGAUACGAUGAUCCAGGUGCCCAAGGGUCAUUGCUGGGUUACGGGGGAUAAUCUGGACCAAUCGUUGGAUUCAAGGGCAUGGGGUCCUAUGCCGAUGGGGCUGAUCAGGGGAAAGGUGAUUGCGAAGGUAUUGCCAUGGAGGGAACGCCGGUGGGUCGAGAAUGAGCUGCGACCUCGCUCAGAAUGACCGUGUUUUUUUAUCUGGGUGUAUACUAUGGGUUGAACGUGCCACGAGCCGAGACUAUUUAGCAAUCCGAAAGAUGUAAAUAUAGAAAUCAUGCAAACAAUUCACCAACGCC